AAGAAGAGGAAACCUCCGGGAAGCAUUGGCGAGCCAGCUAGCGAGAUUAAAUCGGAAGGCUGUGUGUGUGUGCGCGGACAAGCCCUCUCAGACUACAGCGCCGGGUCGUCGUUAAACGUGGUUAGUUUUGCCUAGCGCCGUCGUCUGUCGUCGUCCCUCCAUUAAUGGAUGGAGACUGCUCUGGGUCGUCUCAAGUCUCUGAGUGCUGAUGAGCUCAGGGAGGAGAUUGUUAAGGCCAACCUGAAGUGUGGCCCCAUCACGGCCACCACGCGCUCCAUUUUUGAGCGGAAGCUUGCCCGUGCCCUGCUGGACGCCGCCGACACAGGCGCCAGGGCCCUGACGGGCGGCGCUCCCCCCGGCAGCCCCGCUCCGUCCUUGGAUGCCCCAGCCGGCGAGGAGGGGGAUGUGGGGUAUGACCUAGGCCUCAACCCCCCCGAGGAGGAACCCCUGACGGAGAACAGUGGGGCAGGGGUGUCGUCCUGUCCCCUGGCGGACGAUGGUGCGUGCCCAGCCGACGCCCAGACGCCCUGCGACACCCCUCAGGUCUCGCCCACCUACUACGGCGUGUGUCCGCUGUGGGAAGACGUGCUGACAAGGAACGAACGGGUCCAUGUGUACACAGACCGGAAGGAAGCGCUGCAGGUGGUGAAGGUGAUGAAGGGUGCACGCUUUAAGGCCUUCCCCACACGUGAGGACGCCGAGAAGUUUGCCAAGGGCAUCUGUGACUACUACCCCUCCCCGAGCAAGAGUGCCCCCUGCCUGUCCCCUGUUAAAGCUGCCCUCAGCCUUCACAAAGAGGGCUGUGCGCUGGCAGAGGUGGACAGCAUCAGCCGCGAGCGUGCGAACAGCUUCAAGAGUCCGCGCACGCAGGACCUGACGGCCAAGCUGCGGCGGGCAGUGGAGCGGGGCGAUGAGGCAGCCUUCAGCGAGCUGGUGUGGAGUAACCCGCGCUACCUCAUCGGCUCCGGGGACAACCCCACUGUGGUGCAGGAGGGCUGUCGCUAUAAUGUGAUGCAUGUAGCAGCAAAGGAGAACCAGGCAUCUGUGGCCCAGCUGCUGUUGGACACGCUGGAGAACCCUGAGUUUAUGAGGCUCAUGUACCCCGAUGACCAGGACGGCAUGUUGUACAAACGUAUCCGCUACAUCAUAGACCUGUACCUCAACACACCCGAUAAGGCCGGCUUCGAGACCCCUCUCCAUUUUGCGUGUAAGUUUGGCUGCGUGGAUGUUGUGAACGUACUCUGCUGUCACCCCGACAUCGAGAAGAACCGCAAGAACAAGUACGACCAGAGGCCAGUCGACGUCAUCUGUGAAAGAAUGAAGGACAAAAGUCAAAUCCAGGAGGUCAAGCAGAAGAUUAGCGAAUAUUUAGAAGACCGAUUCUACGUGCCCCUCCUACGAGCAGCUGAUAACUCAUCCCAGGCUGUGAUUGGUGCCACUUGGUCACCUGAACGAAUGGAAAACCUGUCGCCGCAGAUACCCAGAAGCCCCAUGGAGCCUGUGAUGAUGGUGAGGGCCUUCGCUGGCCCUCUAAGCCCUUUGAACGCAGAGGAGUUUCGGAAAGUGUGGAAGACGCCCCCUAGAGAGCGAGCGGAGUAUUUCCACCACAUCCUGAAGUCCGACCCGGACCGGGGAGCCGAACGGGUGGGCAGGCUCCUGGCGCGUGAGCACGGCCACCCCUGGGCAGAGUACUGGGGUUUCCUGGACGGGUUUGUAGAUCUGGCCUCCACCCAUGGCCUCCAGUGCCUGGAGGAAUACCUGAGCAGGAAGAACUUCACUGAGCGCCUCCACGAUGAGCCCGGUGAGAAUGAGACCAGCAACCGGUUCCGCACGCCGUCUCCUGGCAAACUGAAGAGGUUCAGUAACUCCGUGUCGGUGGGGGCGUUCCUGGACGAGGGCGGCGACAUCUCACUGGAGGAGAUGAAGAACCGGCAGAACGCCGCCCUCACAAGCAUCUCCGGCUGCCCCCGAGACGCCCCGCGGGGCUCGGCCCCGGGGAGCCGGGAGGUCCACAUCCUGCCUGUGCCACCGGGUUCCGCCCUCAUCGAGGAGGGGAAGAACGGGGAGGGUGAGGCCGAGGAAGAGCGCACGCCCCCACGUGGCUCCACCUCCCUGCCCUCGCCCAUAUCCAACCUGAUGGCGGAGUUCGAGCGCAUGUCCCUGCACGACUACCCGGACGAUGGUCCCAGGGAGAGGCGACGGAGUGGGGGCAGGCGCCACCGGGACACCGGGACUGUGGAGAUUGCCUCCAGCCUUGGCCGCCUCAACCUGGAGGAGGACGGGGCUAAGGCGGAGGGGGCAUCGACUAGCGGGAGCUCGGAGGAGUACUUCAUGGCGGAGGAGGGUAUGAGGACUCGAUCGGGGUCAGCGGGGGAGAGGUCGCCCUGUGCGCGCUCCAGGUCAUGGGAUCAUGGGAGCUCCACCUCCUCCGGCUCUUACAAAUCCUUUGACCGCUUGCACGAUGUCAUCCCCACCACGCCACCGCGGGCCAGGAAAGGGCUGUUCAUCGAAGGGGAUUCGCCCUCCAGGCUAGACCAUGAGGUGCUCGCUGCCAUCGAGGGUGUCGACAUCGACCCGCUCAGGUUCCCCAGCGUGCACAGGUGGAAAAGCACAGUGCAGACAUACUCCAGUGUGGAGAGGGAGAGCUGGCCGACUCCAGCUGUGAUGAAGAGUCACUGUAGGUUCCAGUCCCUGACGCCUGGAUCUCCUGUGAGCGUUCUCGUCUCCCCAGCUAACCGGUACAGUCCAGCUAGACACGCCCACUCCCCCGAUUACACAAGCCCUGGACGCUACAGCCCCGCCCAUCCUAGCUACAGCCCCGCUCACCCUAGUUACAGCCCUGCCAGCUACAUCCAGCGCAUACGUCUCAAGUACUUCGGUGAUUCGCCUAUAUAGCAAAUAGCCCCGUCCCCCCCUUCACAGUGGACCCCCUCCCCCCCCAUCCAUUUCAGCCCAGAUGUGGGUGAUGUCACAAUGCAAGCUGCGGAAUCUCAUGAGAGGAACAUCCAGCUUUGCCCCUCUGGCUGCAGUUUCUGUAGAAAUGGAAUUCCAAUUCCACGGCAGACGUUUGCUUCGGAAUCUCAGAACGUUCCUCCUUGUUCCAUUCUGCCGCCGAACACAAUUUUCCCAAACAGACGUUUCCUAGAGGUUUGGAAUCAUAAACUCCAUGUGGUACUUUAGUGUGGGGUACGCAUUGUGAAUGGUAGUGUAUAUUUUUAAACAAGUCUCCUUUCUUAUAUAUUUGUGUGUAUGUUCGCGCGUGGAUUUUGUCCGUAAUUAUUUAUGGGUCAAAACAAAUUAUCAAUCAUAAAAACUUUCAGUUCCAAAUUUGGCAUUUGUUAAUAACAGAAUGAACAACCCUCAUUUAAAAAAUAAUCAAUGGAAUGAAAAAUCACAUUACCUCACAAAGAAAGUGAAAUUAUAAAAAAAAACAAAAAAAAACUGUAUUACUCUUACAAUAUAACUAACAGUAGCACAAACUCCUGGAAGAGGCUGGUCUGGAGUAAACUGCCUUAAUCACUAAUGUUCUUUCCCCUACACCAUUGUGCCCCCACUGGCAAAGUGGCAUUUUCACAGAUGAUUUUACUCAAAAUCAUUAGUCUGGGAAAAGUCAAUUAUGACUUAUAAACUAGGAAAAUUUGCCCUGUUGUAUUUCCGUUGAACAAUAAAUAUGUCGCUUGUUUGUAUGUGCGCGUUUGUUUUGCACUUUUUAAAAAGCUUUCUUUCUGUAGACGUGGCGUAGCAGAGCUCAGCAGCACUCAGCCCAGUUUGGGUAAUUUUGUUUCACAAGUAAAGCUGCUGUAAUCGGUGUCACCGUUUCCCCUCCAAGUUACGCCCUUGCUCCCUUACGACGCAUACACGUACUACGUCCUCAUUUGGUUAAAAUACAGCUAGAUAGCUUUGAAAUUUUUUUUGUUAUUUACAGAACCCAGGACUUUUCCAACUCGGAUCAGAUUUUAGCGAGACCUACCUGAAUAUGGAAAAAACCCAUUUGGUGUCUUGCGAAGAGUCGAUGCCUGCGCACAAACUGAGCUUAUAUGGAGCUGGGCUUUGGGAGGGAAAGAGAAAGUCAGUGUGGGGUAGUCUGGAACAGUAGCAUUCGCAUAUGCGCUGUUGUUUUUCCGUUCCGUUUGACCCGUUUAACUCAAAGCUGGACACCUUCCUCAGCCGUAGCAACAGGAGAGCAGCACUGAGCUGGAGUUGCCAUUAAACAUCGGGAUGAGCCGUGUUUUUUUUUUUACUUUCAUUUUAAUUUAAUUUGUGUUUCCCACCCCCGCAUGCAAUUCUAGUUCUAUUUUAUUACGUGUCAUAGGAGAAAGAAUUUGAUGUACUACUGAAAAACAAAUAAAGUGCACAUUAUCUUGUAA